UAAAUGGCCAAAACAUCAUUCCGAAUCGUUACACAAUCCGUGAAACAUUAGAAGAACAAAUAAACAAAUCAAAAUGAAAUUCAUCAUUGUAUUCGCUGCUCUCUUCGCCGUUGCUUUGGCCGCUCCCCGCCCAGAAGAUGCUACCGUCUUGAGAUCCGAAUCUGAAGUUGGACCCGAAUCCUUCCAAUAUUCUUAUGCUACCAGCGAUGGUGUUGAAGCUGAAGCUCAAGGUCAAUUGAAGAACGUUGGUACUGAUGAAGAAGCUAUCGUCGUCAAGGGCUCUUUCUCCUUCGUUGCUGAUGAUGGUCAAACUUACACCGUCAACUAUGUUGCUGAUGAAAACGGUUUCCAACCCCAAGGUGCUCAUUUGCCCGUUGCCCCUGAAGCUUAAGUUGUGAUUGUUAGUUAUUAAUAAAUAUUUGUUUAUUUGAAAAAAAAAAA